AUGUGGGGGGUUCUAGCUCGGCCCAACUCCGAUCUACAUGUACUGGCUCCGAUUUUCGCUGCAAACCCCGGAGAAACCUGCGACCUGCUUCUAAGUCUUGUCAGGUUCAAGUUUAUCAUUAAUCUUGCAAAAAUCGAGAAACUCCAUGUGGCUGAACUUUAUGUCCUUGAAUCUCAAGACCUGGGACGGCUUGCCGAGUACGCAAAGAGUCUGGGAGUACGCAAAGUCUGGGGUCUGGGGUCGCUCGAUCUCCGGCUUUGUGGUGGAAAGGGAUAUGCCAAGCCCGGUUAUGAUUCGUGA